GAUAUUAAAAAAUUACAUCUUCGCCAAGGUUAUGCGUUGUUGCCGUUAACUAGAUAUAAAUAUUAGCAUUAAAGAGCACAUCACUUUUAAGCCGUCACUCAUGCGAACGCCAGCUGCGUAGCGGAUUGCGUAGCAUGUAGUUUUCUCGCGUGGCGUCGCAUCACAGGGUGAGAUCGCGCGGAAACGAAGGUUGCGCCCGUGACCGCGCCCGCGCCCGCCCGCCGUCAACAUCGCAAGUAGCGCAGUAUCGCGGCGCGCUCUCUACUUCUCGGACCUCGACCCGCCGGAUUCGGUACAGCUCGCGACUCGACCCGAUCUGUGAUGUGCCUCGUGAGCUGAUGAUGUGCAGCCGAGUGUGUGUUGUGAGGAAGUGCGCGAGCGACAAGCGGCGGCGGAACGCGCGCCCAUAGCCCGCCAUGUGGACGCUCUUCAUGCCGCUGCUGGCGCUCCUCGCGCAGGGCGACGGCGUCUCUUUCACUCCAAACAAGGAAUUACUUGAAUGUGCAAGCCAGAUCCUGUAUAUAGACCAACAUGCAUAUCAACUUCCAACAAACUACAGUAGAAACAUUCCACCUGGUAAAAACACGACAGUUUAUAUCGGAGUAAACGUCAACAGAGUAUCUGGAGUCGAUGAGAAUAGAGAGGAGAUCACACUAGACGUUUUCCUACAAGUAUCAUGGGAAGAGAUGCGGUUAAAAGUCCCACCAGGGCGGUCAUACAUCGACCUGCCCUGGGAAUUCCGACAGCUGAUCUGGACCCCAGACCUAUAUAUAUGGCAGCUGCAGACCAUGAGAAUAUUGUCGGUGUUACAGGAAAUGGCAUCGUUACGAUUGUAUGCCAACCGCACCGUCUCAGUCAGUAUCGGUGCCACGAUCACCAUCAAAUGUGAAAUGGACUUCGUUCUCUACCCGUUAGAUGUACAAAACUGCGCUAUAGACUUCAGUAGCUACAAAUACACGAGAGAAGACGUGCGGUUCGAGUGGCGUGAAGUGGCGCCUUGGUUUGGCUUGGCCGGGGAGCAGCGACGCGAGUUUCGUCUCCCCAAAUACGUGGUCACAUUUGUUACGGACAAAAGUAAACAUAUUCGAAAUUUUGGUGAAGGUGAGCAUUCCGCGGCACGUUUGCAAAUCAAGCUGUCUCGUGAACUGCGGGGCUACCUUCUAGAGAGCUAUUUACCUUCCUCCCUCUUUGUCAUCAUAUCUUGGGGCAGCUUCUGUGUCAUACCGGAGAUUGUACCGGGACGGAUGGUGUUGCUAGUGACUACUUUGCUCUCAUUGGUCACCAUGUUUGAUACUGUGAGUAUUAUUGGUGUCAUUUUCAGCACGAAUUCUCCCGAUGCUCUGGAACUGAAAUGCAUUGAGGUUUGGCUGAUCUCGUGCACGAUAUUCGUGUUCCUUGCGUUAUUAGAAUACUUUGUGGUGCUUUUUGGCAUCCGCUAUGACAAGAGUUGGAGUAGACGGCGACAAGACCUUCGGCGCGCCGCUUCCGCCGCGCAACUCGCGCCGCCCAUACACAUCAACCAUUCACAGAGGUUAAGUACACCAGUUAGUGGUACACCUCAAGGUGGUGUUUUCUCUCCGCAACUCAGUGUAGAAGAUGAAGGUCUUAAGCAACAAUUCUCUCAUCAGACGAUUCAGAGGUUGUCAUCUAAGGAGAGAAGGCUUCGAAGAGACAAUAAAGUCGGAUGUGAGACGAGAACAGUCAGUAAGGACUCGCCAAUUUUGGACACGAUGCCAGGUGACUCCUCUGGAAGUUUCUUAGUAAGGUUUGCUGCGAUGGCUGAUCGAGGCGUCAUGUUCUGUGGCGCUCAACAUGGGGCACUAGACAAGUUCGCCCUCAUGGUAUUCCCUAUUUGUUUUACUCUUUUCACUAUCAUCUACUGGACCACUUAUCUCAGUGAAGCACACCGAGCGAUGCCCGACUAAUGUGACUUCGUAUAGAGUGCCUACUCGGUAUAAGACAAUUGUAAAUAUUAGAUAAGCUGCUAGAUACUUUAUUAACGUUUGACCCAUUGUUAAUGACGAUUUAAUUAUUAAGUUUAUAAAAAAAAUAUUAAAAAACGUUAAACUGUUUUAUAGGAUAUAUGUAUAAGUUCAUUUAAAACAUUGCAAUAUGUUUAUUGUCUUGAUAUAUUUUAAUAAUUAUGACGAAAUAACAGAAAUUUAUUAUAAAAUCAUGAUAUGGUAUGGCCAGGAGAAAUGCAAUAAUUUAAAAAAGCAAUAACUAAAAUAUACUUUUGUUAUUUUCUUGUAAUUUAAAUAAUUUAAAGCUUUAUCUAUUAUAAUAACCCUGUACUACCAUUUUCUAAGAUAGUCGUAACUAUCUGAAAUGUAAUUAUACCGAAGAAGUUUUCAGUAUUCUUGAAAACUUCCCUUAUGCUGAUGAAAUGAAUGUCAUGUGUGUGCCUAAUGUUAAUACUUUUAAGAACGUUUUGACUAUCCGUCCUAUUGUACAGUUCUGAAUUUAAAAUGUAGUCAGAUUUGAAGAUCUUAUUUGUAUGUAGACUGAAAUGUCAUAGAGUUCAAAAGAAUUAGUAUCCAAUUUGACAUAGGUACUAAUUCUUUAAGCUUUUACUUUAAUAUAAUUAUUUGCAGAAUGAAUUUUUAUCUCCUUGUUUUUUUAACUAUAAACAUAUUUACUAGUCCUUCUCACGACUUUAUUCAGUUAGACAAAAAUAAGCAAUUCUCGCUCAGCGAAAUAUAUUAUUCAUCAUCAUCGAGUGGUUUUUGCAAGUUUUCAUAAAAAGUGGAUUAACGUGUUUUUGGUAGAUAUUGUAUUGACAACGAUUGAUAUUUAAAUAAAUCCUAUAUUUAUAGUUUUAGUAUUUAUUAAUGUAUAGAUUAAAAACAUAAGUCUACAUUGAAGAUUUUGCCUUAAAAUAUCACACGACAUUGGGACCAUUUGAGCUCAGUAGAUUACUAGAACAUCACGCCUUAUUACUGUGCCUUUCGCUUUACAUAAAUAUAACAUUAUAGGCUUAAAAAAUAAUUUUAGAGAAAUACUUUUAACACUGUAUUUUCUAAAUAUAUGGAUCAUUCGUCAUCAGCUUAAAUAAAUUUAAAAGCACUUCGAGUUUCACAAUAUCUUACACAAUUAUAAAGAAAAUAUACACAUUCGGUGUAUAUACACAAAGAACGUGUAAAUGACAAUGUAUUUCAUACUUAUCAAAACUAUGUAAUAUGCACAUAUCAAUAUUAAAAAAAUAAGUACUCUACGGGAUACCCAUUAAAACGAAUAUAAAUAACAAAUGAUUUAGUUUUUUUAAUCAAUUGUUAUUAUUUAGUAAAACUUAAUUUAAUAGCGCGUAUGACGCUAGUUUUUUAAAACGACAUUUUAUGCUAGUCAAAUGUAAUUAAUUCAAAUGUAAAUAAGCUUGUCUUAUUUCUUGACGACCUCCGUGGUCGAGUAGUGUGUACACCGGUUUUCAUGGGUACGCCACUCCGAGGUCCCGGGUUCGAUUCCCGGCCGAGUCGAUGUAGAAAAACUUCAUUAGUUUUCUAUGUUGUCUUGGGUCUGGGUGUUUGUGGUACCGUCGUUACUUCUGAUGUCCAUAACACAAGUGCUUUAGCUACUUACAUUGGGAUCAGAGUAAUGUAUGUGAUGUUGUCCAAUAUUUAUUUAAUAUUUAUACUUAUUUAUUGCUUUAUCUGCUGGCUUUUGCCUCCGUGGCAUAUUAAGGCACAAAUAUUUUUUAUGCACAAAGUUUCAAAUUCAUUUUCACUACGGAUAUAGAAUUAAAAAAAAAACUAAUCUGUACCUGUCAGAUCACAACUACAUUAAUUUGAUCUCUAGAGACAUUAUUGUUAUUAUUAAUCACGUCAUAAAAGAAAUGAAGCGAAUAAUUAUUAAUAUAGCCUAAAAACUUUUUAUUUACAAGUAACUAUUAAUAAAUAAUUGUAUAUAUCUUUUUAAUAUAAAAAACCUCAUUAAAUUUUAUUUUUUUAUGGAUUGUUUGUUUUAUAAUAAUUAGAGUAUCAAUGUCAAGUAAACGUAUUUCGACAUUAGCUAUUGUAUUUAAUUACAGUUUCAAAAAUCGUUUGAAGUUUGAAUGCAGGUUAUCAUUUAAUUUAAUGUAAAACUUUGCAUUUCUUUAUGAAAGAAAAAAAAAUUAUAUGAAUUAUAUGAAUGUUAAAAAAAUCAUAACACAUGAUGUUGCCAGCAACUUAUUAUUUACCAAUAAAUAUUGCCUCUUAAAUAUUCACUUAUUAAAUAAAUUAAUCUGUUUUGUGUUUAAAAAAUAAUAAUAUAAGUUGAUUACUGUUAUGUGAACAGUAGUAAAUAAAAUGAAGGUUUCAAUUAGACAAUACAUAUUGUAUGUGUAAAUAAUAGUUGAAAUAAAAGACAUUAUUUUAAAUAAAUUAAAA